AUGUCAUACUCAUACGCCACAGCCAAGGCUGUCCUCAGCGACGUCGACAAGGACCGUAUUCUCGCCAUGCAUCUCAGCCAGUCUGACAUCAGUAACGUCGACUGGGACAAGGCAACUCAGGCUUACGGCGCCGCCAGCGUCGAAAGCAUGAGAGUCUCUUACCGCAACCUCCUCAAGAAGAUUGAGAAGGCUGGCGGCAAGACAGACGUUACCGCGCCACACACUGGAGCAGAUGGUUCCGCUUCUUCUUCUGCUCCCAAGACCCCCAAGACACCCAAGACUCCCAGAGGCAAAGGCGGUCGUCCUCCCAAGCGCAAGGCACACGACACCGGAUCUGACGAAGAUGAAGACGCGCCCAACUCUCUUCGCAAGAAGGCCGCCAAGAACAUGAUCAAGGCUGAGGACGAGGACGAGGAUGAUGAUGAGACUAACAAGGUUCCCAAGAAGGUCGGUCGUUCUCGCAAGACUCCUGUCAAGCAUGCUACAAAGACCGCCUUGAGAAAGGCUGCCGAUGGUAACGAGGACACCGCUGACAACUCCAACGACGUUCCUGAAAAUGUUGAGGCUGCUAAGGAGGACGAUCAGACUCCUGGCAUGAUCAAGGAGGAAGACCAGUCUGAGUAUUAG